GAACCAAACGACUACGUUUCGUAGAACAAUCCAGAAUUCAUUUCCACCUGUAUGGUCUAUCCUCGUUAACCAGAGAAGGGACUAGAACCUCUAUGCUUCUUAUAUAAAUACACAUCCCUUUCCGUGUUUCAGAUCAACGAAAAAUUUUCGAAGCUACAAUCGCAAAUCUCUGAAAUCUCUCGCGCUCCUCGUUGUUUUCUCUCGCUGCGUUCGCUUAUUUGGUUGUAUUGCAGAAGGAUAGAGGAAUGGCGGAUGUGCAGAUGGCUGAUGCAGAGACCUUCGCCUUUCAGGCCGAGAUUAACCAGCUUCUGAGUUUGAUUAUCAACACAUUUUACAGCAACAAGGAGAUUUUCCUUCGUGAGAUUAUCAGCAACUCAUCUGAUGCUCUUGACAAGAUUCGAUUCGAGAGCUUAACUGACAAGAGCAAGCUCGAUGCUCAACCAGAGCUCUUCAUUAGGCUCGUUCCUGACAAGGUCAACAAGACCCUCUCCAUCAUAGACAGCGGUAUCGGCAUGACCAAAGCAGAUUUGGUCAACAAUUUGGGUACCAUUGCUAGGUCAGGAACGAAGGAGUUCAUGGAGGCCUUGCAGGCUGGAGCUGACGUGAGCAUGAUUGGUCAAUUUGGUGUUGGUUUCUACUCAGCUUACCUUGUUGCAGAGAAGGUGAUCGUAACAACAAAGCACAAUGAUGACGAGCAAUACAUCUGGGAAUCCCAAGCUGGCGGUUCCUUCACAGUUACCAGGGAUGUCAAUGGUGAGCAACUUGGCAGGGGAACGAAGAUCACUCUCUUCCUCAAGGAGGACCAGCUGGAGUACCUGGAGGAGAGAAGGAUUAAGGACCUUGUGAAGAAGCAUUCUGAGUUCAUCAGCUACCCCAUCUAUCUCUGGACUGAGAAGACAACCGAGAAGGAAAUUAGUGAUGAUGAGGAUGAUGAACCCAAAAAGGAAGAGGAAGGAGAUAUUGAGGAGGUUGACGAGGAAAAAGAGACCAAAUCAAAGAAGAAGAAGAUCAAGGAGGUUUCUCAUGAGUGGCAACUCAUCAACAAGCAGAAGCCUAUCUGGUUGCGCAAGCCCGAGGAGAUCACCAAGGAGGAAUAUGCCUCCUUCUACAAGAGCUUGACCAAUGACUGGGAGGAUCACCUUGCCGUGAAACACUUCUCUGUCGAGGGUCAACUUGAGUUCAAAGCGAUUCUAUUUGUACCGAAAAGGGCGCCAUUUGAUCUUUUCGACAGCAGGAAGAAGAUGAACAAUAUCAAACUCUAUGUCCGCAGAGUCUUUAUCAUGGACAACUGUGAGGAACUCAUCCCCGAGUUCCUCGGAUUCGUUAAGGGUGUCGUUGACUCUGAUGACUUACCACUCAACAUCUCUCGUGAGAUGCUUCAGCAGAACAAGAUUCUGAAGGUAAUUAGAAAGAACCUUGUUAAAAAAUGCAUUGAAAUGUUCAAUGAGAUUGCAGAGAACAAAGAAGACUACAACAAGUUCUAUGAGGCAUUCUCGAAGAACCUGAAAUUGGGCAUCCAUGAGGAUAGCCAGAACAGAGCGAAACUGGCAGACCUCCUUCGCUACCACUCAACCAAGAGUGGAGACGAAUGGACAAGCUUGAAGGACUAUGUUACCAGAAUGAAGGAGGGACAAAAAGAUAUUUACUACAUUACAGGUGAGAGCAAGAAAGCCGUUGAGAACUCACCAUUCUUGGAGCGACUCAAAAAGAAGGGAUACGAAGUGCUCUUCAUGGUGGACGCCAUUGAUGAGUAUGCUGUCGGCCAACUAAAGGAAUAUGACGGGAAGAAGCUCGUCUCCGCUACCAAGGAAGGUCUGAAGCUGGACGAUGAAACAGAGGAAGAGAGAAAGAAAAAGGAAGAGAAGAAAAAAUCAUUCGAGGACCUGUGCAAAGUAAUCAAGGACAUAUUAGGAGACAAGGUGGAGAAGGUGGUAGUGUCCGACAGAAUUGUGGAUUCUCCUUGCUGUUUGGUAACCGGAGAGUACGGGUGGACAGCCAACAUGGAGAGAAUCAUGAAAGCUCAGGCCCUUAGAGACAGCAGCAUGAGUUCAUACAUGUCGAGCAAGAAGACAAUGGAAAUCAACCCUGACAACGGCAUCAUGGAGGAGCUCAGGAAGAGGGCUGAAGCUGACAAGAACGACAAGUCUGUCAAAGAUCUUGUCUUGCUGCUCUUUGAGACUGCUCUCCUGACUUCUGGUUUCAGCCUUGAUGAUCCAAACACAUUUGCUUCUAGGAUUCACAGAAUGCUGAAGUUGGGUCUGAGCAUUGAUGAGGAGGAGACUGCUGGUGAUGAUGAUGACAUGCCGCCUCUGGAGGAAGAUGGCGCUGAGGAGAGCAAGAUGGAGGAGGUCGAUUAAAAACUAGAAAUGGUGCCUCCUCUUGGAGGCUUUUUGUGGGGGUGAGGGCGUUGGGUAGUGAAUUUUCAACUUGGUUGUUUUUGUGUCUCUGUUUGUGUUACUGUAGCUUUUUUUACUUUUUCAAGAGUCUCCGUGCGCGUCUGUAUGCUACAAAUGGAGUUAAAUAUGUAUGGCCUCCUUGCACAUAUUUCUUGCCUUGCAAUAUUUCUUUCUCAAGGAGCAAUUUGUUACCGUACUAA